AGAUUUUGCUGUACCCGUGAGAGUAAGCUAGCAGGUAUGGAAUGCGUAUCUCCUAUGCAAUACUGUCGUGACGAAUGCUAUUUCCGCGGUAUGUAGACUGAGGGCCUUGGGAAAAGUAUAAGACAAGAUGGUUGAUCCCUGGAGGAGAGCAUCUUCAGCAAACUCAGGGCCUGUAUAACGCACAGCAUCAGAAUCAAAACCCCUAAAGUGCAUCUUUACAUCAAGUUUUAUUUUUAUUUUUUAGGACUUGAACAGAGUAGUCGACCUCGUUACCUUGAAUUCAAAACUCACAGUGGUUAAACGAAACUCAUAAUGGCAUCACAGACAAUCCCAGAAACCCCAUACUAUACCCUAGCAGAGGGUCAGCCUCUUGCGAAGAAUGACACUUCGACUCAAAUACGCACCGGCAGCGGUGGCGGAUUUGUUCUACUUACAUCAACUCAGCUAAUCGAAAACCUAGCACAUUUCGCUCGGGAGAGAAUCCCGGAGAGGAGUGUGCAUGCCAAAGCUGCCGGGGCGAGGGGGUAUUUUGAGGUAACGGAUGAUAUAUCUGAUCUUACGGAUGCCGACUUCUUAACCGGUAUUGGUAAGAAGACAGAGGUCCUUGCCCGGAUUUCUACAGUUGCCCCCGAGCGAGGAUCUGCAGAUACCGUACGAGACUUUCGAGGAUUCGCUAUGAAGUUCAAGACGGAGCAGGGAAACCAAGACUUUGUGUUCAACAAUCAGCCAGUCUUCUUCGUUCGAGACCCGACGAAGUUCCCGUCGUUGAACCGUAGUCACAAACGAGAUCCUAGGACUAAUGUCGCCAGCUCGGAUAUGUUCUGGGAUUUCCACAUCAACAACCAGGAGAGUAUUCAUGCCUUGAUGUUCGUCUUUGGAGAUCGAGGUCUCCCAUCAUCAACACGACAUGUGAAUGCUUACAGUGGAAACACGUAUAAAUUUACUAGAUCUGACGGCUCGUACUGCUAUGUCCGAAUCCACUUUCUCACAAACCAGGGAAUUCACUACUUCACCGACGAGGAGGGAGCUAGGCUAGCCGGGUCCGAGCCCGACAGGCAUCUUGAAGAUCUCCAAGAUUCAAUCAGGUCAGGCAACUUCCCUUCGUGGGACAUGUACGUGCAAGUCAUACGUCCAGAAGAUAUUGGAGAUGCGCCUGUGGAUAUUUUCGACAUGACAAAGACCUGGCCGCUCGGGAAAUAUCCGCGGCGCAAGGUUGGCCGAAUGGUUCUUGAUAAAAACCCGUCCAACUGGUUUGCGGAAAUUGAGCAGGCCGCGUUUAGCCCGAGUAAUAUGGUGGCAGGCAUCGAGCCAAGUCCAGACCCGAUGCUGCAGGCUCGUAUGUUCGCCUAUCCUGACGCUGCUCGCUAUCGACUCGGCGCGAACUAUCAGUUCCUACCCACCAACGCGCCAAAGAGCCAAGUCUACUGCCCGAUCGAGCGGGACGGCUCCAUGAACUUUACCUCUAAUUACGGAGGCGACCCUAACUACGUGGGAACGAAGCUAAAGCCGGUUAAGUUCCUCCGCUCUGGGAGCGAUAAUCGAGACGGGGUAGAUGGCAAUGCUUGGAAAGGAAAUCCAAGUAGACUCGAUCGUCCACUCCCUCAAAGCGGAGUACCCGUGGUUUUCUCCUCGGAGGUAACGGAUAAAGACUUCGAGCAGUCAACGGCGCUGUGGAAUUUGAUGGGUAAGCAGGAUGGUGCGCAGCAACGAUUCGUGGACAAUUUGUCUGCUCACCUCAGCGCCGUGCAGACGCUGUGGAUCAGAGAUGAAGCCUAUGCAAUGUUCGGGAGAGUUGAUGAAAAGCUUGGACGGUUGGUGGAGAGCGCAACGGAGGCCACUAUUAGGGGCAAGCUUCAAGAGAGCCUCCGUACACCAGCGUGGCACUAAGACGGGGUGUCUUAUUCGACGUCUAUCUACUUUACUUACCUUCUUACUAUUAUGAUAUAAAAUAUCUAGGUUAAAUACUAAGAUACAAUCUGGUAGGGCGGAUAGAUUUAUAAUUGGCAGAGGCUUUUUUUUUCACGUUAAAUCAGAACUAUCUCCACUAUCCUCUGUUUAGGAGUCUUGUAUAUAUUGACCCUAGUCAAGCCUACUAUCUACACUAGUCUUAGC